AUGACCGCGGAGGAGAAGGCCGACCAGGCCGCGCAGGCCAAGUGGCUCACUCCCUCCAAUGAGAACCCCAUCAAGAAGGCCGUCCUCACGAUCCUCGUCUUCUACUGCCUCUGGGUGUUCCUCCUCACCCUCGGUGUCAUGGGCACCGGCUUCAAGCUCCUCGGAGGCAAGGACUCUGCCAAGAUGUUCGAUGUUGCGGACAACCCUAUCUCCGCGCUGAUGAUCGGUAUCCUCGCCACCGUGCUCGUCCAGUCCUCGUCCACAACUACGUCCAUCAUCGUCUCCCUCGUCGGAGCUGAUGAGCUCUCUGUCAACAUCGCCAUCUUCAUGAUCAUGGGUGCCAACAUCGGUACCUCCGUCACCAACACCAUCGUCGCCAUGGGACACUUUGCCAACAAGGACGACCUCCGCCGCGGCUUCGCCGCCGCCACCGUGCACGACGUCUUCAACAUGCUCUCCGUCCUCAUCUUCCUCCCCAUCAACUGGAUCUACCCCUUCCUCGAGAAGAUGACCUACGAGAUGGCCAAGGACCAGAAGUCCUGCGAGGGUGACGACUGCAACAAGACUGAGUUCCUCAAGCCGUACAUCUCCCCGUACUCCAAGGGCGUCGCCAACUACGACAAGAAGGUUGCCGGAUACAUUUCCCAGAACUGGUGCGCGGGCCAGUGCGGCAAGAGCUACUCCACCGACGCCAUGAAGAAAAUCUCCGAGGAGGUGUGCACCUCCUCUACGGACUGCUCCAACGUCCACAAGAACUACGAGUCCAACUGGAUGUCCAAGGGAUACCUCGCCAAGAAGCGCGCGCCCGCGUACAUCGUCGGCACCGCCUCCGGUACCCCCGCCGAGUUCCACUACGACAAGCCCGCUGCCUGCUCCACCUCCACCAAGUUCUUCGACAACGACACCAACUUCACCAGCACCGUCGCGGGCUCCCUCACCGCCGGCACCUGCUACGAGGUGUGUGGCUCCAAGGUCAAGACUGGCCUCUGCGACAAGCGCCUCCUCAAGGGCGGCCUCCUCCUCGAUGACUGGGACAUGACCGACAACGGCGCGGGUACCUUCCUCACCGUCGUUUCCCUCAUCUCGCUCUGCUCUUGCCUCUUCUGCAUCGUGUACAUGCUCCAGAUCAUCGUUAAGGGCACCGCCGCGCGCAUCCUCCGCAAGGUGGUCGGCUUCAACGGGUACCUCAACAUCGUCAUCGGCAUGUUCAUCACCAUCAUGGUGCAGUCCUCCUCCAUCACAACCUCCACCCUCACCCCGCUCGCGGCCGUGGGUCUCAUCAACCUCGAGGACAUGCUCCCACUCACCCUUGGUGCCAACAUCGGCACCACCCUCACUGGCAUCAUGGCCGCCACCGUUGUCACCUCCAACCCCGUUCAGGCGUGGCAGGUUGCGCUGUGCCACCUCUUCUUCAACAUCUUCGGCAUCCUCGUCUGGUACCCCAUCCCCAUUAUCCGCAAGAUCCCCCUCGACGGCGCCAGGUUCCUCGGCAAGAUGACCACCAACCCCAAGUGGGGUCAGAUCUUCCCCUUGGUGUACACCUUCAUCUGCUUCUUCAUCAUCCCCGGCAUCGCGUACGGCAUCACCGCCGCCGCGUCCUCUUAAGCGAAUGGGGUCUCGUCAUUUCUUAUUAUUCUUUUCGGCCGCCGGGUGAGGUCUCAGUGCGAAGCCAACCCAACGCGGCCGACGGGUGCGGCGCACGGGCGUGUGCGCCGACGUAGUUGGUGUGUAUCUUAAUAACAUAUCACAAUUGUUUC